UUUGACAUUUCUUUAAAAUUGGCGUAAAAAAAUUUUUCUUAUUUAAAUUUUUGGAAUAAAAAAAAAUUUUAGUAAAACCAAAAUGACGAGUAACGAAGAAAGUGGAUGUCCAAAAUUACCAUGGAUGGUAGAAUUUCAUAGCACAAUAGACGGAAAAAUCCUGAAUUACCAAUUUGAUGCCGCAUACGCAGACGAUCACAUAGAACAUUUAUGUCGUUUAAACGUCGAUUCUUUAUUGCCCACGUGGAGAUUAUGUGGGAUUAUGUGUUCCAUCGGUCCAAGUUGUAACGACCCAGAAGUCCUACUAAACAUGAUGAAAGCUGGAAUGACCAUGGCUUACAUCAAAAUGGCCCACACGACACUCGACGGAGUCAAAGACACCUUAAAAAACAUCAAAAUCGCUCAAAAUCGAUAUUGCAAAGCGCAAAAACGAGCCGUUAGCAUUGGAAUUGGGAUUGAAAUAAAAGGACCAGAAAUCAGAACUGGAAUUAUUGAAGAUCCUGAUGUUAAAGACAUCGAACUUAAAGAAGGUGACGAAACAUCAUUAACAACGGAUCCAAUGUACGAACAAUUCGUCAGCAAAGAUAUGAUUUAUGUUAAUUAUGAUAAAUUAACACAAGUUGUUGAACCGGGGGAUAAAAUUUUAAUAAGCGACUCUGAAAAUGGAAGUGUUACUUUAUCUGCAAUUGAAAUAGUUGGAAGUAUUAUUCGAUGCCUGAUUGAAAACGCCGGGACAAUAGCUAAUAAUGCUAGCGUCUCUUUAGAGGCGGCGAUUGAUUUACCACUAUUGUCAGAAGAAGAUGAAGAAGUUUUGCAAUUCGCCGCAAAGGAACGAAUUUCAUAUAUUUUUAUUCCAUACGCUGAAAGAGCCGAUAUUUUAACUCAAGUUAGAAAUACCUUAGGUGAUAAUGGAAAAGCAACGAUGAUAAUCUCAAAAAUUGAAAACUUAGCUGGAAUUUAUAACAUAGACGAACUUAUCCCUGCUUCUGAUGGAGUAUUAGUAUCAAGAUGCGCGUUAGGUCGCGAAAUUCCAUUUGAAAAAAUGAUUCUAGUCCAAAAAAUGAUCGUUGGAAAAUGUAACAAAAACGGUCUCCCCGUUAUAAUCGCCCCCCAUAUGCUCCAAUCGAUGGUUAAACAACCAACACCAACCAACGCAGAACUUAGCGAUAUCACAAGUUGUAUAGCGGACGGAGUAGAUGCUUUUGCUUUGACGAAAGAAACAGCGAUUGGGCCAUAUCCCGUUGAAUCAGUCGAUAAAUUAAACGUAAUUUGUCGACACGCUGAGCCGUUAGUGUAUCAAAAACAAUUAUUUGGCGAUUUAACAAAAACCGUGUCUCCAAUUGAGCCGAUUUAUGCGAUUGCAAUCGCCGCCGUUGAAGCUUCUUUAAAAGUAAAUGCGGCGGGGAUUGUUGUUACUUCAGUUACGGGGAGAUCGGCGAAACUUAUAUCGAGAUUUCGACCUAGAUGCCCAAUUAUUACCGUUACAAGACAUGGUCAUGUCGCUAGGUUUUUAAAUUUGUGGAGGGGUGUUUUUCCUAUUCAAUAUAUAAAGAGAUAUGACGAAGAUUGGUGUAAAGAUAUCGAAAGAAGAGUGCAAUAUGGGUUAACCUACGGAAAAUUGGCUGGAUAUGUAAGAACUGGAGAUGCUGUCGUGUUAAUAACAGGAUCAAGAACUGGUGCUGGGUUUACUAACUCAUUGAAGAUCGUUUAUGCAUCCGAAUAUGAUUGUCCUAAUUAAUUAAAAAAACUAAGUGUUAAAAGUAUUUGUAAUAUCAACCAAGUUAUAGUCUAGAAAUCUGUGUUAAUAAAAACUAUAAUUGUCUUGCUAAAAUUAA